CUGGGGCAGCGAACCAGAGGCAGAGAGAAGGCGGGGAAGCGGGCCCCGGGGGCGGGGGCCGGUCUGAACGCAGGGCUCCCCUCCGGGGCCCGGGGGGCGAUUCGCAUCUCCGCCUUUUUCUUCUCUCCCUGGGAAGGGGGCUUUUUUCCAGAUGGCCGCCAGCCCGUAGGUUUCCUGAGUUUGAAGUUGGGCGUGCCUGCCGCCGCCCCUUUUUCUUGCCAAUUGACUGUUCCUGCGCUCUGAAGUUGGUAGUUUCUGGUACUACGCUAUGCUGCAGCCCAGGUGCCACGGGCGCCUUUCGCCCCCCAUUGCCGGGGCCUCUCGCUUUGUUCCAGGCGGAGGGGUUCCCAGGCAGAGGCUUACUGGCCUGGGGCGGGAUUGAGGAAGGGCAGAAUGGGGGGGGGGCGGGCGGUGAGCCCCCAGUUUAGGAGUUUUCAAUGAGUGACAGUGGCGGAGCCAUACAGAAAUCGCUUUGCUUUUGUAUCAUUCGCUCUGCUUCCAACUUGAGCUACGAAGGACGAGUAAGACUUGAGAUGCUUUGGAGAAUUGGAAAAGCUUGAUUGUAGCCAGCUUGUGUUUUGUCAUCGUAGGGUUACUGGAUACAAUGAAAGUUACCCUAGUUGAUAGAGUUAGUGUGUAAUUUGUAGUGUCGAUUCCUCCAGAGUUAGAUUGGCUUGAGGCCGUGCUCUGUUUCUGACGAAGCUCCUUCUGAAAGCCAGUUUUUCCCUGCUUUAGUUAUUGUGCCGGAUGUGGUGACAAGUAAAGCUCUCAGUGUGCAUCUGGCUGUCUUUGUGUAUCUGAAUGUUUAAAUGUGGAGCCCUAAUUUGGACUAGAAAUUUUAUCAGCAGUCUGGCUAUCAUUUCGCCGUUUCUACUCAUUUGUAAUAUAGGUGUUCAAAUAUGUAUUAUUGGCAGGUACAGAGUUGUAUUUGUUAAGCUAGUUCACUCAUUACAGAGUGUCUGAUAGAGUUAAGAUUUUGGUAGGAUUCUUCUAGCUUUCACUAAAAUACUUCCUGUUUGUAGUCAUAGUAUCUUUGUACUUCCUUUUUGGUAGGGAUGGCAGUUUACUUCUUGGGGGUAAAAACUCCAUGAGAACAGUCAUAAUCACACUAAAGGAGUUUUUCUUGUGUGUAUUAUUUGCAGAGAGAGAGUGCUCCAGAGUUUGCAAGGUCUUGGCUCCAGUAGUGUUCAUAUGGCGACGUUAUUGCUUAGAAAAUUUGGUCCAGAAACUGGGAUAUUUCAAAACUACUAACUGUUGUUCGAGGAGCUCUGGUGGCGCCAUGGUUAAAGCGCGCAGUUGCUAACUGAAAGGUCGCGGAUUGGAACCCACCAGCCCCUUCUAGGGAGAAAGAUGUGGCAUUCUGCUUCCAUAAAGAUUAUGGAAACUUGGAAACUCCAUUGGGAGUUCUACUCUGUCCUAUAAGGUCGCUAUGAUUCAGAAUGGACUGGCAGGCAGAGGGAACUGUUGUUCAAGAAAUUUGGCACCCACUUCUCAAUUAUAAAAUUACUUAUAACAUGUACCUCUGGGGCUUCUUAAGCUCCCUUCCCCCCCCCCUUUUUUUAACAAGGAUGUAAGUUAAGUAGUAGCUCAUAAAAAAAAGCCCCUGUUCUCUGAACCUCAUUCCUUUAUCUAUUCAAGGUUAUUAAAUUUGGGGGAGAGUUUUUGCACUGCGCUGGUUAGCAUUUAUUCAUGAACUUUUCUUGAGUUUAGAGGUGUACUUUGGGCACUUGUUUUAGUUUGACUGGUUUUUGUCCAUAAAAACUUUUCUACCAAAGGGGAAAAGGAUGCUCACAGAACCGUAAACCAACCCACUGCCAUCGAGUCGAUUGCGACUCAUAGUGACCCUGUAGCAACCCUAUAGGACAGAGUAGAACUGCACCAUAGAGCUUCCAAGGAGCGCCUGGCAGAUUCUAACUGCUGACCCUUUGGUUAGCAGCCUAGCACUUAACCACUACGCCACCAGGUUUUCCACAAAACGUUGCUGAACAUAAAUCACUCCAUAAAAUUGCUUCUCAAACGACCACGGAGUAUCUCUUUGGAUUGCCUCAUUGUCCAGUUAUAAGAAUAACCUAAAACAAGGAAAGGAGAUUGAACGUCUCUGAAGAAUUUUUAAGAGGAGGAUCAGUUUACCUGUCCCCAGACAGAUAAGGCCAAGCUGACUGCAAGCUGUUGGAAUAUUUUGAGAAUGUGCAAUAAUAUCUGACCCAUAAACAAUUACGGGCAGUAGCAGUUAGCAAGCAGGGCAGAUAACUUUAAUUUUAAAAAAGAUGCUCUGCUCCUUGAAGUGACUUCAAUCAGGGAAUCCAGAUUCUCCGUUAAUGUUCAUCUUUCUUGCCAGAAUUAUAAGCUUCAUAAGGACAGGUUUAGAUCUUUCGUAUUCACUACGGUGUGUCCAGUGUCUGCAUGUACAUGGUUAUUCAAUUCACCAAAUAAAGCUAGAAAGAGAAUUUUAGAAAGUAUUAAACUCUAGAACAGUUUGAAAAAUACUGCAUUAAGGACUAAACUUUGUUCCUUUAGAAAGCUUAGUAUGACUGUAAUCUUAAGCAUAGAAGCAAAUGUGGCCCCUGAAGUCAUAGCCUUACACAGUUAUUAGGUGGAUGUUCACGUAAUCCAGAUUAUGUUUACGAAAAUAGAAAACACUACUCUAAAAAAAUUCUCAGAGAAUCUCAAACCCCUGAAAACAAAUUCUUAGAUCUCAGUUUUUAAAUUACCUGUUUAAAACAGGUUGUUCAGAAAUCUCUUUCACUUUAUUGUGUUGAUGAGAACUGCAAAAAAAAAAAAAAAAAAAAAAAUUAGUAAUUCUUUUUGCUUUAAAUUUUACAAAAUAGAAACCAAGUAGCGCCAUAAAAUGUGGAAAAUGAGGCGUUCUCGGGACAGACAAAUGUAGCUCACUGAAAAGUGAACUGAAUGUCAGAGGCUAGCAGAGAAGGAACAUCACGUGAGUUCAUUACAUUUCUGGUCCAAUAUAUUUGAAAUACUUAAUGCAAAAUGUAAUUUGAAAAUUCAGGAAUUUCUUCUCCGUCUGAAAGGGGAAGAAAUGGUUGUUAAUGUCAGUAUUUCCAGAAAGCCUUCCCCGAAGGGAUAGUCUCAACAUGUUGAUGGAGCAGGCUUUGUCUCAUCAUUAACCUGUAGCAUAGGCUAAGUCAUCAGACAGCUGAGCCCUACCUACCCCAGCCUCUUCCCUGACCACCUUCCAGAAUAACUACCUUCUCUAGACUGCACCUCAGUCCCCCUUUUAAAGCUGUAACUAUUGUCAUUGAAUUAGUAACUCUUGAAUUUUGCUACCCAAGUCCUAUUUUCUAACACUAUCCAAAUGAAUAUGUAUGUUUCUAAGCACACAAGAUUUUAAUUUACAAGCAGUCAGUUAAACAUUUAUUGCUGCCGAGUUUCACUGUGAGGUCUGACGUGUGGAGUUAUUAGUAUUUGUUCAAUGACUUGGGUAAAAUGGAAGUGUUUGAGACUGCCUCGCUACACAGAUUGUUGUUUGUUUCUGACAUUUUUUUGCUUUUUUGUUUGCCUCCCAGAAGAAAAUUUGAAUGCCAACAAUUGCAGCAUAAUUUUGAAGUCAGAGGAACAAAUCUAGUUGGUUUUCUGUCUAGGAAUUACAUUAUUUUCCACCUUUUUUUUGAGGCUUUUCCUCACAUGUCUAUUUGCCAAAUAUUUGAGUGCUUACUGUGUGCAGGGCUGCCUGCUAGGGGUUAGGAUAAAUGAAAGAAUAGUUCCUGUAGUCUGAGAGUUUACAGUUCAGUUGAAGAGUUUGUAUACACACAUUAGAGUUAAAAAGCUGUACAAGACAACGCAGGGGAUGAUACACAAAAGCAGCACUUAAUUGUCAUAUGAAUCAAACAGACAGUUAGGUGUGAUGACUUCAAAGGGGGGAGAGAUCUCAUCACAGUCUAUACUGUAGUAGCCUGUUUAGCUUUGAAAGUUCUAACUAGACUUGGAAUUCAUGAAAGCUUUCACUCUGAGCCAGAUGCUGUAUUCACACUCAGUCAGUUAAUCUGAUUCACUGCAAAAACUCAUUCUCAAGUCUUGUAUUUUGGGGCGUGCUCCAGAAAUUUGCCUCUUGAGAGUUGUUGGCUUUAUGGCUUUGAAACAGAUGUGCACUUCUAACUGCCACAAGAUGAAAUGCAAGGUGAUUGUACGACCUGAAAAACUUGCCUCUUCUGCAUCAGUGCUUGUUGACUAAUACAAAGGUGGCAGGAAGUCUUCUGGCUAGCAAACAAAAUGAUUCCUUUUCUAGGGAUAUUGCUUCGAUUUAUUCAUCAGUAGCCAUCAUAAGCUUUGGAAUAAAUUUUGGACUUCAGCAGACAAAUCACACCACAGUAUACUUAGCCUUUCAUUUUAGCUAUCAAGCCUUUCCAUUAUUGGUUUGUGAUAGCCAGUAUGGCAAAGAUAACUUGGAACCAAAAGAUAACCUUGUCCCUGUAUAAGCGUUUUAAUAGACUCUGCCUAUCUCUAAGGAUUUUCCUCUGGUGUUUGCACACAAGGCUUCUCUGCGUUGUCAUUGAAAGGUUUCCAAGAAAUGUGGUCUGCCACUCAAAUAGUUGUAAGAAUGAUUUAGCCAGAUUUGUUUCCUUCCAUAUUCCACAUAUUCCGCUUCUUUCAUUCAAGUUUUGCUUGUCUGCCUAUAUCACAAAGGCCUAUGUUAAAAGAGUAGACUCUCUUAGACCACUGAACGUACACUUAUUUUUAGGCUUUCUGUUUUGGAAGAAAGGAAUUUAAGAAGUACAUGUAAAAUGGAAUUAAUAGGUCUCUGAGUUAAUUUUCUGGUAUUUCAGGAAAUCUAGAAAAGAGUGGAGUUAGAUAUUCUGUGUCCUACCUUAAGAGAAUAUAUAAAAGGAAAACAAAAAUUUAGAAAGCAUAUAUAGGUAGUCCCCAGCUUACGACGGGGUUCUAUUCUGAUGAAUAUGUCAUAAGUCAGUUCUGACAUGUUGAAUACCUCAUUUUUUUUUUUUUUUUAGUUUUCAUCGUUACUGCUUUUUAUCAUCAGUAUCUUUAUAAAUCAUAACGUUGAACAUCUGCAAAUGAACAUCUGGUUAUGAUAACAGCAAAUUAUGGCUGUAGCAUUGUAAAUAGUACAUAUUACUAAGGAUAAGAUGUACCCCCCCCCACCAAAAAAACACCUGGUUGUAAGUGAGGUUUGUCAUAACUCAGGUAUGUCGUAUGUUAGGACUACCUGUAGUACAAGGCAGUGGUAUUCAGUAAAACAUGGCCAUAAUGAAAAUGUUCCGUAUAGCCACCAGGCACAUGUAGCUGUUGAGCCCUUGAAGUGUGGUUAGUGUGCCUGAGGACCUGAAUGUUUAAUUUUGUUUAAUUUUUAUUAAUUUAAUUUUAAAUUAUAAAUAGCUACAUGUGUCUAGGGUAUUGGACAGUAUCAGUAAGAAGAGCUGUUCAGUGUAUUAAAACCAGUGACCCCAUGUGUGCCAGGGUAGAACUGUGCUCCAUAGGGCUUUCGGAGGCUGGUUUUUCAGAAGUAGAUCAUCUGGCCUUUCUUCUGAGGCUCCUCAGGGAGGCCUUGAAUUUCCAACCUUUCAGUUAACAGCUGAGCACAUUAACCAUUUGUACCACCCAAGGACAAAGUAGUGUUUAUUAUAUAAAAGGAUUCUUUUGGUCACAGGCUCAAACCUUAGGGGGAUCUCAAAGUUUCUUCUUAUCCUGCCUGUCACUUUGCCUCUGAGAAGGAGGAUCUCUGAUAGAAGUCAACAAAAAUGAUCCCCCAUUCUGGGAGGAAGAGGUUUUAGUGCAAGGAAUAGAAGUAUCGUAACGUGAACUGGUUGGUGUAAACAGUGUCGUAUAUCUUGGUUCUCUGGAACAGCACCGGGCAGUAGAACUUUGCGAUAAUGGAAGUGUUCUAGAAUAUUUGCACUGUUCAACAUGGUAGCCACUAGCCAUUAGGUCUACCACGUGUCUGUCAGUUGAUUGUACUUUGGUGGUUUGUGUGUUGCUGUGAUGCUGGAAGCUGUGCCACUGGUAUUUCAUAUACCACCAGGGUCACCCUGAGUGGGCAGGUUUCAGCAGAGAUACCAGACUAAGAUAGAUUGGAAAAAGGACCUGGCGGUCUACUUCUGAAAAAAUUGGCCGGUGAAAAACCUUAUGAAUAAUAGUGGAACAAUGUCUGAUAUAGUGCCAGAAGGAUGAGCCCCUGAGGUUGGAGGCGCUCAAAAUGUGACUGGGGAAGAGCUGGCUUCCCAAGUAGAGUCAACCGUAAUGACAUGCAUGAAGUCAAGCUUUUGGAACCUUCAUUUUCUGAUGUGUCACGACUCAAUGAGAAGAAGCAGCUGCAAACAUCCAUUAACAAUCAGAACAUGGAAUGUAUGCAUGUUCUUUUGUACAUAGGGUUGCUGUGAGUCCGUACCGACUUGAUGGCAACUAACAACAUUAAGUGGCUACUGAGCGGCUGGCUAUUGAGCACUUGAAAUGUGGCUGUGAAACUGAAUUUUUAAUUUUACUUAAUCAGGAGAAAGACCUUGUGAUCUCCCCCCUAAAGAUUAUAGUCUAGAAAAUCCUAUGGAGCAGUUGUACUCUGUCACGUGGGGUUGCCAUGAGUUAAAAUCUACUCGGUGGCACCCAACAACAACACAUAGUCACUUGUGUCUAGUGGCUAUUGUAUUGACGAGAGCAGCUUUGGAAUAGCAGUGUUCAAUUUUUUUUUGCCUGCGUUAUCUUCAAAAGAGUUCUGAGAUCCAUAUGCCCUUUCAAACAUUUUAAAGCUGACAUUAAAAUUUUUUCGUCAUAUGUUUGAAAGUUUAUAGGAAUUUAAUAGGAUGUAGAAAAUAUUUAGCCUAAUAUCAGAUGAAUGAGAUGGGAAUUGGCUGUAAAAUUUAUUGACUAAUCUACUCUGAAUCAGUAGUAUCAACACAAAAUUCUUAUCUGUAGGUUUUAUCAAAUGUAUGUUGAAAAAUCUGGUGGUCAGGAAAUACUUUAGUUACAUUUAAAAGAAACAAUAUCAGUAAUUAUCCUAUAGUACUUUGGGAAGAAGCCCUAGUGGUGCAGCGGUUAAAGCGCUAGGCUGCUAACCGAAAGGUCAGUAGUUUGAACCCACCAGCUGCUCAGGGGGAAAAAGAUAUGACAGUCUGCUUCCAUAAAGAUUUACAGCCUUGGAAACCAUGUAGGGCAGUCUCCUCUGCCCUGCUGGGUGUCACUAUGAGCUGGAAUCGCCUUGAUGGCAGUGGUUUUGGUUUUUUGGUUUUGUAGUACUUUGAUUAUUCUAAAUUUAGGUGCCAGGCUUUACCCCUUAAAAAAUGCACGUAAGAUUGGGAGUGACAAAAAUCUGUAAGGUUUUUAAGUGCCUUGAUCAGUCAUUAAAGGAGGUGCUCCCAAAACCAGUACUAUAUCCAACUAUUUUGUUUGGCUCCCUGGAGCUUUUUACGUACACUCUAGAACAGUGUGUGGUAGUAGGUUUGUGAUGGGUGAAAGACCUGCCUUAUUUUGGUAAGGGGUGGGAUAGAGCUGUUGUGAACAAUGGAAAUUUUAAAAAGACUAAAUAGAAAUUGAAGAUGCGGAAGUUGAUUUCUUUAAACCUAUUCAUGCGUGCAGCUCUUGAAAAGACUCCUCUAAGUCUUCAUAUGCCCGUAGGUGUAUGGAUAUACCUCAGUUGAAGGUCACUGCUUUAGAACUCUGAGUAUCUUUUUGGUAUCCUUCCUGGCUGAUGUAGUGGGACUGGGUGGUUGAACCCUACUCCCCUUAGAAAGCUAGGAGGGAAACGGGGAAGGAUUAUAGGGGAAAGGCUAGGUCCAGAUGUCUGGGGAGGGACGUGGAGAUCUUGUCGAUUUCCUUCCAUCAGACUCAACUGACAGAUUUAUCAUAGGGUUCCUUUAAAUAUGAAGGUCUGAAGUAAGAACUCUAUUUUUUUCAUUUAUUUGCCAGCAAAUAUUUGGGUGCCCUCAGUGCCAGGUACUGUGGUAGGCCCUGAAAGUAUUUUUAUCCAAGAAUCCAAAACUGGAAGCAUCCAGAAAAUGAAAUUGUUCCAGAAAAUAGGUAAAUGAUCAAACAUCUAAAAAGUCAUGCCUUUCAGUUGAAGAACAGUUGUCCAUAGUGCAUGAAAUGUUGUGAAGGUGUGACUUAGGGGCUGGUUGGUGGUGUUAUGGAGACCUGCGUAACAGGGUGGAGCUGAUAGUUUUGGGAUAACAUCAUAGUGGCUACACCAAUUCUUGGUCAUUUACAUGCUUUGAUUAGUAACAACUUCUUUAUAGCAUUGAAUUACAAUUAUGGAAAUACUCAUUAAAUAUCUCAUUCCUUAAUUUAUAUACUGGAAAGAAAAACUAAAGCAAUGAAACUUUUUUCUUUUUAAUCACAACCCACAGUAAAAAAAUAUAUUUUACCCUGGGACCUGGGAUUCACAUAACAUAGAAUAUAUGUAUAACUGAGUCCCUGGAUGGUAUGAACAGUUCACCGAUUCAAACUGCUAACCAAAAGGUUGAAAGUUUGAGUCCACCCAGAGGUACCUCAGGAGAAAGGCCUGGUGAUCUACUUCUGAAAAAUCAGCCAUUGAAAACCCUAUGGAGCACAAUUCCAUGAGUUGGAAUUGACUCAACAGCAACUGGUUUGGUUUUUAUAAUAACGAAAGCUAACAUUUACCAAAAAAACCAAACCCAUUGCCAUCGAGUCGAUUCCGACUCAUAGCGACCCUAUACGUAGCAUUUACUAUGUGCCAUGCAUUACAAAUAUUAACUUAUUUAAUCUACAUAACACUAAACUGUGUGAUACACUCUGGUAUGUUGUUUAAUUUUUUUCUAAAUGCUAGUCACAAUCCGCUAAAAUUGAUUUCCUAACACACUAAUGGGCCAUAACGCUCAGAUAAAAGAGGAUCCAAAGACACUGAGGUGAAAUCAAGUCUUUUUCAAUCAUUAUGCUCUUUAAGAGUUAAAAUAUGGAAACUCCAGAAAUGUCAUUAAUUCAGAACAGGUCAGACCCCAGAUAUUCUGGUGAAAUGUUUUAUGCUAUGUAGCCCCAGAUAGCUGGAGCCUUGGGUUUGUGGGUGCAGGGUGGCGGAGGUAGGGAGUGGUAAGAAAUGAGACUGGAGACAAUAAAAAGAGGUCAGUUGAUGUGCUAAGGAUUUUGGGCUUUAACCUAAUUAUCAAAGGAUUUUAAGCAGAGGAGUGACAUUGUUAGUCGUGUUUUUACACCAGUCACUGGCUGCAAUGUAGACAAUGGAUUGCAAGGGGCCAUACCGGAAGCAACAAGCGUUUAGAGGUUUUUUGCAGUAAUCUAGACAAGAGGCGAAAUAAAGUAGUGGCAACAAAGAUGGAGAGAAGUGAAGAGAUUUCAGAUGUAUCCAGAUCACAGUGAAGUGGUUUGAAGAAUCUGAAAAUUUUAACUUACAGGAUUUCUUAGAUGGUAACUUGUGACAAAGCUCACUGUCCACUUCCCUACCAGAUUGCACAGAGGACUCUUCGCUGUAGUCAUGCCAGAUCACAGAAUUUCAUGAGAUCCAACUAAAACACCAUAUUAGGAUAGGCUUGUCUGUGUUGCCUCUAGGAUACACUCUACACAGACUCUUAGAUUCUGAUCUGCUCCCCAAUCUUUAAAAGUGAUUAUCCUGCCUUCUUUUUUCUCUGUUUCUCUGAACAUUUUUACCUUUUUCCCCAAAGGAUAAGAACUGAAAUUCCAGUCCAAGAUUUCAAAUGUCGAUUGGCAUACAGCCACUCUAAUGUGUGCUCAUGUUACAAGGUCGAGGUAGGAAGCAGCCCUCUCACCCCCCAUGGAAUGUAAUAUUUGGGUAAGGUGUAAAAAAUAGAAUAAAAUGGGGGGAGGGGACUUUCCUGAGUUUCAGAAGCAACAGACCUAUACCGUAGAGCUUUAGAUUUAGAAAAAAAAUGACUGUUAGGAUGACAGUGAUGAUGAUUUAUUGUUGUUGUUAGAUGCCAUCAAGUCAGCUCUGACUCAUGACGACCUUAAUGUGUAACAGAAUGAAACAUUGGUCAGCCCUGUGCUGUCUUCAUGAUUGUUGGUAUGUUUGAGUCCAUCGUGUGGCUGUUAUUGAGGGUUUCCCUCGUUUUCACCGAACUUAUGCUUUAACAAACAGGAUAUCCUUUUCUAGCCAUUGGUCUUUCCUGAUGAUGUGGCCAAAGUAAGCGAGCCAAAGUAGGUACGCUUUAAUUUCAUUUCCGCUAUGUGGAUAUGCAGUAUGUUCUUCUGCCUGCUGUUUACCAUUCCAAAAACUUCAUUUAGUGUUUAAAAUGCAUGUUUAAUGAAUCUGUGCCUCGUAUGCAUAUAUCACAUUUUUGGGAGUUUGUAAUCCAUGCUGAGUCUCCUCUCCCCCCCAAAAUUGUCCUGAAUAACUGAAAGAUGUCUGCAUAUUGGAAAAAGACAUGUAUUAAAAUCUGUAUAAUUUUUGUAGUUGAGAGUCCUUGAGAACCGAUGGGAAUUUUUUUUUUUUGUUGGCACUAAUCAAGCAAAUAUUAUCUUGUCACAUAGUAUAUUGUUACUGCUUAGUGAAAUACAAAUUUGUGUUUAUUCUCAGGCAUUUUAGGAAUAACAGCCAUCAUUUUAUUUUUAUAUAUGUGUUCUUAACUGUGUUCAUAAAUUACAUAUUCAGAGCUACCAAAUAAUACUUCAUUCAAUAUAAGUUGAUACAAUAGAGUGGAAACUGUUUCCUCAGAAAUGUUUUUUAGUUGCAUUUUCUCAGCCUAUGUAAGCCUAUUUUGUUGUAAUAGCCUGAAGUUUUGAAACUCGAAAUAUUGUUUUCUCAACUAUCUGUCUUCAGAUAACUUCAUUCAUCCAAAGACGCCAAUUAUGUUUGUAAUUGAUACUAAUAAAACCAGAAUAAAAUUCAUGCCUACCAAAAACUGCUUUUAUUAUUUUUUUAAAACACCUGAAAAUGAUUUUCUCUAAAUGUGAGGAGCUGGUUUAUGAUUCAGAAAGAAGACUAUGAUAGGCCAAAAAGUACUUUGACCAUAUAUUUGAUCUCCCAACUACCUGUAUACACUCUUAAGGAAUUCCUAUUAGUUCAUUCAACAAAAAUUUGUUGAGCACCUUCUACAUGCCAGGCAUUGGUUUCUGGGCUGGGAAUACAUCUGUGAACAAAACCAACAAAAAUCCUUGCCUUCAAAGAACUGUAUUUUGGUAUAAAAUGUAGUAUUUAAGAUAUAUAAUUCAAAACAGAAUCGAUACAAUUAGAAAAGACCCCUUAAGUAAGAUAUCCCUUGAUGUCAGUGUUCCUGACCUUAGAAAGUUUAAGCUCUGUGUUUCAUUAUCCAUAAUGGAAAUCCAUUUAUUGUUGGUCAUGAAACUGUUCACCUUUGCUUUGUUAAGAAUGAUUUACACGACCUUCUAUUAUUCCUUUUCGUAUACAUCCGGUUGCCACCUGAGGUUGCCCCACCUCGCAGCAGAGUACCUCGUUGUUAGCGUUCAUUAAGUCCUUGGGCAGUGAGCACCCCCUGUUGAACUAGGCAUUGUACUGGGCUGCACAGUGAAAGUCUUGAGCAAAACGAGGUAAUGCCCUUCCCCUUGUAAAGCUUUCCACCUUGUGUGAAUCAGGAAACAUGCUUAACAGGUGAGCUUUGGGAGAUCAGAGUUGUCCCAGUUUUAGAACAAAAUAAAAUAAUUUUUUUUUCUUCAUGUAAGUUAUAUAACCAUAUGACAAAAUCAAGAGAAAAAAGGGAAAUUUUUUUAACUUUUUCACCUUGGCAUGACCACAUAAUCCAUAAAACAUUUUGUCAUUUUUCAAGAAGUGGUGGGAAAUCUGAUUUUAAUUCCAGUAAACUUCCAUGCAGUAAAUUGGAAUGAAAAGUGUACAUGCUUGUUGUUCCAUCCAAGAUUAAGAAAAUAAUAGGGAUCAUUCAUACUCCUUGUUUCUGGCUUCCCAAAGGGGGCAUGGAAUUCCCAUUACCUUAUGCCUGAAGGAGGAUGGCUUGGGUACUCAUCUCCUUGGAGAUGAGGAGGAUGAGAGGGACUGUUUUGUAAUGUAUAAUAUACAAAAAAAGGAUGUUUGCAUAUUGAGAAAGCAAAAUAUAGAAUCAAUACAGGGAGCAUAGCAGUUCUCAAGUAAGUAUGAGUAAAGCUCAUUUUAAUUUUGAGCUAAUGAGCUGUGAGCUUCCUGGCAACUAUGGCAAAAAGGUAAAUACAGUGACUAUAUCAUUUUUGAUGUCUGCUGAAGAGAAGCAUACCAGUUCCUAGUUUUGAAACCCAAAAGGAAUUUACGUUAAAGACAGUCUGAUAGUGACCUUGGGUAAGCUUUCACCUUUCUCUGCCUUUGUCUUCUUGUCUGUAAAAUGGGGAUGCACAAUAUGUCGCUCAGUAUAUAUGUGAUGGGCUGCCCAGAUCCCUCCUCCGGAAUGAGGCACUACUCCUCCCCGGCUGCCCAUACCGCUGGCUGCUGAUGGCUGUGGUCGAAUUCCUUCUUGGAAUUUCUUUUUGCCAAAGGGAGCUGUCUCAUCCAAGGUUAGACCUUCUCUCCAGAGGAGCUUAAAUCCAAUGAUUGGUCAGUGCUGACAUACAAAAGUCCAGCCUCCUUGCCUCGAUUCAGAACAACUCUGAAGGAUCACCCAAGUUCCAUACCUCAGUUUAGAAUCAGCUGAACUAUGUCUUCAUUGAACUUCUUUCUCUGCCCAGUCCUGCUUCCCUCAGUCUUCACAGGUGUUGUUCCCAGGAGCCCUCCCUGGUACACCUGCACACAGUCUCCUCAGAGUCUGUCUCCAGGGACACUAUCUUUAGCAUUAUUGUAAUAAUUAGGAAUAACAAACGUAAACUCGGUGUAGACCUCAGUACACAGUGGGCACUCAGGCAAUGGUAGUUAGGGUUUUACCUUCAUUCCAUAGGACGCUGAACCACGUAAUGGAUGAUGUUUAAUUUCUGUAGAAGGUACAGGGACUUUUCAUAUGACCAUUUUUCUUAACAAUCCUCAUAAAGCUAAGAAUCAGAUAUAAAGAAAUCUACGAAAUUAGCCAUAAAAAGUGUUACAAUUGUCUGGAUUUCCAAAAAUUUCCUAGCUAAGUACAGGUCACCCAAGGGCAGAUGCUUAAAAUAAGCUUAAAAUGCUUACUUUCAGGUUUUUCAUGAAAAGGGUAUUUGUAGGAGGGGAUGUCCUUUUCAUGCAUCUGUGACCUGUAGUGUACCUACAGAGUGUACGUGCAAAAACACUUUUUAGAAUAAUUCAGUCUUCACAUUUUUCACAAUUGACUGAAUCCUAAUGUUUGUGCCCAGAUAUGUUGAUGGAGGAGGCCUAAUAACCUUAGUUUUUAAAUGAUUUUUGUCUGGAGAUGAGGAUUAUUCCUUUUCAUUUACAAUCACAUCAAAUUUAUGUAUGGAAAAAAUCUACAUUACAGGUUAUCUUUGCAUUAUAGAAGGUGGUUUUCAGUGAGACAAUAACUGAUUGAGAAAAUCACAUGGUCAACACGUGCAAGGAAUUAAGUGGUCUACUCUUUCAGGGAAAAAUCCUGAUCUGGGUAGUUUCCCCCUUAAACAUUGAUCUUACGAAUAGAAGGUUCGGUUGCCUUUGGGAAAGCAAUACAAUGUUGUAAUGAUAAAGCUGUCUGAGGUUUUUUGGUAAUUUUGUGCGUGUGUUUUAAUAUUUAGAUUUGGUUGAUUGUGGAACAGUCAGUUCGUAAUGGGGAGUGUAGGGCAGGGCUUUAAAGAUGAAUGGGUCUCCCCUGUUAUGCUAGAAGUAUUUUGGAUAAUUGUCUUGAAUGUUUUUUUUUUGAUACCACAUUUUUAAUGUCAUUCGAGUAUCACUUUGAGGUGUUAUCCAGCGUGUGCGGUACAGAGAAAAAGAUUGAACAGAGAUGCUGACAUAGCAACUUGAGUGAUGUAGGAGGUAGGAUGAAUAUAACCUCUGAUCCAAGUCAGUUGUUUACCAGCAAUUGAUUUUUUUUUUUCUUCCAGGUGGGGAGGAAAUUCUAGACAAAUAGUGUUAUCUGCUAUCUUUGAUGACUUUAGCUGUCUAUUGCUGCUUAUGUCUGAAACAGUUAAGCAGUUCAGUGUACCCUACUUUUUUUUUUUUUUACCUAUUUUGUUCUAAGUAGAGAAGUACUUGAGGAUUCCACGUAUUCCAAAGAAGCCCUUAAACAUGAACACGCAUGCUAGCCAUGGCUUACAGAGUGUUGCUGCUCAUAUGAGAUUAUCCCGUGAGUCCAUAUGGAGUACAUACAGUGUAGUGCUGAAGCUUUAUGGUCACAUGAAUUUAGUCCUUGAGUAAUAGGAGAUGCUGAUUUUUGACAGUAUUGUCCUCCUUGAGGGUUUUUUUCUUCCUAAUCUGAAUGGUCAAGACUGUCAGCCUCUAGUGUGAAGGAACCUAGAACACUUAGGCAUUGAUACUCAUUGAGAAUCAGAACUUCCUGAAUUAUAUAUUCUGUGCAAGCACCUCCCCCUCAUGAAGACACUGACCAGUGUAAGCAAAGUCACUGAGAGCCAGAUUCAAAAUGAACUGCAAGCUGCUAGGAGUCAACCCGGGACAGUUCCCCCACAGAAACUGAGGCUCCUGCGAGCUGGUUCGAUGCCCAGAACUGAAUGCUGUGCUCCAGCUGUGGCCUCACCGGUGCUGAAUAGAGAGGAAGAGCCACCUUCAUAGCUUACAUGUGAUUCCUCUGCUUAUUCAACCCAAUACUGGAUUUACUUACUUUGGCAAGAUAGCUGCAUUGUGCACUGUAUUUAAUGUUACGUGUACUGUAACCCUGGGUCUUUCUCUGCAUUGCUGCCGUUAAACCCCAAAUCCUGCCAAUCUAAAACUCCUGCCUUUGUUUACCUGCCCCUCCCUCCCAUAGACUCCCCAUACAUUCAUCCACAAUGAAUGUCAUUCUUUUAGUCUCUCAUUUCCUUUCACCCUAAUCUUAAACUUUGGCAAAACUUUCACUUUGUCCUAUAAGUUGUCAGUUGUCAGCCAUCUUAUUUUUCUCCCUGCUUUGGUGACGGGACACCUUUCAAGUCCUUUUUCUGGUUCUUUUCCUACUGUAGUCAUUAAGUACUUGGCAUGGUGAAUUUAGUAAGCAUUCACCUGGUAUUUCUUUCAUAUGAAAUACCCGUGAGCUCCACUGAUCUGACCACCUGAUCAGGUUGUUACCUCUACUUUAGUUGUUCUAUCCAGGCUUUCCGGACUCCCCCUGACCUCUCCCUAUGGCCUCAUUCAAGACAUAGUGUACUUCACAGCUCUUCCCCUAGGAAGGAGAAAAUAAGAUACUAUUGGUUUGCCAUGGAGAUAUCUAACAAUGAGGAAAGUGUUGUUACUCCUAAUUCUAGAUAGAAUAGUCUUCAAUAAUUUUUAAGCAUAUUCUUUCUCAUUCUGAGUUAAUUCUUUUUUAAAAAACUAGAGCUUAUGUUACUACAAAUUUCUAAGAUGAGUGAAGAGAAGGAAGAUUUUUUGUGUUGAAUAGGACAGAGUUCUCUAAGAAAGUCAAAUUGAGGUUCUUGCUAAGUUUGGUAUGGCUGUCUGCAAAUGGGAGGUAGGACUUUGUUUUCCUAGAGUAUGGAGCAUUAUUUUAAUCUCAGAUUUAGAAUAGGUUUUUAAGUUAUUUUAUUUAGAUCUUUUGACUUAAUGUUUUAAUUAUAUGUUUUGGUUAAUCAUUCGGAGUGUGAAAAGUAUAACCUUUUCUGAUUUAUUAUAGAUGAUAAGAACUGAAAGGUCUUCAUACGUCCUUUUUAUCCAUUCCUGAAUUCCCUCAAGUUCAACUAAAUCCCAGUGUUUAUUAUAGUAGCAGUCAAGCUGAUAUUUGAGUUCUAAUUUUUUUUUUCCCCCUGUCUUAGUUGAUGUGUCCUAUUCAAACAGUUUCUCCUUGGGUCUAUGGUCUUUACUGAAUCCAGAAGGUACCUCUUGUGUGUAUUUGUAUCUUGAGAUAGUUAAAAUCAAUUUGGAAAGCUUUUUACAUGGUUUCAAUGCAUCAAACUCCUAUCAUGUGGAUUUAGAAGUUACCAAACAUCUUUCCUUCUGACACCUAAUCGAUAUUUUACAUAUCAGCAUAUUACAAUCUGAAAGUGUAUUACAAAAGUACACCUCGAAGUAAGAGAUGGCAAGAUCUAUCAGCUUUUUUUAGUGAAAUAUAAAGUAUGUCACCUGACUAUUCUUCCACAUAUUUGUAACCAUUAGAUAUUGCUAGUUUCCUUAUUCACAACAACAUAAGCCAAGCGAAAUUUGAAGCUCAAUUUUGUGGUUUCAGAGAAAGAAAGAGUCUUUUCUGUGGUUUCCCACCAUCUAUAUUGUCAAAGAUUAGUGGCUUUGCGUGUGCCUGUGUCACUUCCUGAUAAGUAUGGUGUUUCCUAAAUCACCUUUCUUCAAAGGAACAUUAGUUUGACUCCUUGAUAUCUGAAAUUACUCAGUGACAGAUCCAACUGGGCUUUUGUGUGUGGAGUGCUUUUCUCUAGGCAGCCAGUGAAUGGUGAGCAGUGGCAUGGCUUCCAUCACCAUUUAUGGCCUUGGAAGGGUGAAAGGAGCAUGGUUGGGGCUGUUUACAGUCCUUGGAGGAGUUGGAAAGAGUGGUUGGGGUGCUUUUGCAGGCAGAAACUAGACAUUGUGAGAUAAAAAUAAAUUGGCAGGAAAUGUUUGCAAUUCAGAUUCCAAUCACUCCAAGACAGGCAGAGGGCACUGGGAAAAGGGAGUAUGUAGAAAGCCAGAUGAGAUCUGCUGCAGUGUCUCUUUGCAUUGGAAAGUUUGCCCAUGACACACUUUCCCGAAGUUCGUAUUUCAGUUGGUGUCUAGAAAGUUUUGUGUUAUGUAGUUGUGACUGUCCUUUACAAGGAGAAAGAAGGAACAGUUUUUAAAAAGUAUGUUAUUAGAAACCUCAGUUCUUUAAAGCCUUGCUUGAGGCACCAGAUGAGACCUGAAGAAGGGGAGAGCGAAGCAGGUGUUUAUGCUGGUGGUGCUAGGGUGGGCGGGCAACUCUAAUCACUGCUCUGUUUAUGUCUGAGGAAGAUCAUCAUUUGCGGCAUUCUUUUAUUAUUUCUUUUGUCUACGUGGAUUUCUGGCCUCAAAGGAGAGAUUUGCAAAGUAUUUCACAGAGUUUCUUGUUGUAGUUUGUAUUGAACAUUAUUGAGAGUUGUUUUAUUUUGGCUAGAAUAGGGGAUGUAUUGGAUUAUGGAAGGUAACCUCUUAUUUAGGAGACAUUUGUAGUCUGGCUAAUGCCUAUAAGUUAAGUGUGAAGUGAACUGACUUUACACAGUUGGGUAAGAAAGUAUUUGAGAGCUACUAGGGGUCUUGUCUCUCAAGAAAAUUCUCAGAGUGAAACCUAGUUAAGGUAGAAAGGAGAUUAGAAAACAAAGGGAGGCUGAGAUGGGACAGAGACUACAAGUGUAGCUAAACUAAAUUUGGAAGCUGGGACUAAGUCCUUGGUUUAUCUUUUGGAAUGUCAUAUAAGAUACCACUGAACUCAGGGAACUGGACUAAGAAUUAGAAACAUGUGUUAGAAAUAAAGACCAUGAUGAAAACUGAAGCGUGGUACAAGAUAAUAAAAUUAUCUAGGUUUUAUGUGUGGACUUGCAUAAUGAUAAUUGCUGUGUACCAUGUGGCAGUAAAAGAAGUGAAAUAACAUCCCCUCCCCCGCUGCCUUCCUCACCAAAGAAGAAAUUAGUGGCCUUGUUUGUUGGUUUGUUUAGCUGACUGUUCGAGUUGGUAGAUUGUUGGUUAAUUUGGAGACAUGGGUAUUAGUGUACUGUUUCUUGACAAUUGAUAUUUGAAAGACUAGGAAUCUGUAGCAUUAUUGAUUUGACUUCUAUCUUAAACUUUAGUAUUUCUCCAAAGAGUUAGUAAGGAGUAUGGACUGUGUGAGUAAUAUGUUUGACUAGCUAGUUUAGGCAGUGUUUUUGUCCUGUAUUCCUUCUUAAUCAAGAGUAAGGAAGGUUAUGUUCUUGCUUUGGGGAAUCCUUCUUUCUGUCCUCCCUUCCCUCACUUUUUCCAAAUUCUGGGCACAAUAGCCGCUCUCUCUCUUCUGUGGCAGGUGUGCAUCCUAUUGGCUGGCUGGUAUUUCUUUUUUUUUCUUAUUCUUUUUAAAUGGGGGUGGGGGUAUAAAAAUAUGUGUAUGGGUUACAUGCAAUAAUGUUGUAAUGUUUCUUGUUUAAUGGAUAAUUAACUGCAAAAUAAUUGUUUGAAUUAUAACAUGUUUGAGUAAAUGCUAAAUUAGUAUAUAUUUUUUUCUAAUAUAAUAAUGAAUUUGAAAUCUAGCAUUCCUGUAACAAUGUGUCUAUGUUUGUCUGUCUGUGUCUGUCUAAUAGUAAUUAAUAUCUGUGGUCCAUACCUGGAAGAGGAAGUACAGCUUUAAAGGAAUAACAAAAGACUUUGUGUCUUAGACCCUUCGCAGGUGUUACAGUCGGGUGAAAGAACAUGGUGUUGGGAAAAGAAAGAGCAGUUACACAUUUGAACAGUUGGAACAGGUGUUUGGUCAGGGAGGAUGGGAUGCUCAGCCCUGCCAGCCUGUACUUAUUAACAGUAGUGGCUUGUACCAGGAGCUGGAGUCAGAUGGCAGCACUAUGGAGGAGUAUUCACAGGAGGACUGGGGAAACCACAGUCAGGAUCUCCAUGGCUAUCCAACAGAUCAGGAAUUGGAUGAAAUACCUGUUACAAAGAGAACAUUAAAAAUAAAACAGGAGUCUUCUGAGGAAGCACAGAAGAGAGAUAUCAUGCAGAAUAUUGUACAGAUUUUGGAAUCGGUUCAGUUGAAAUGGGAACUGUUUCAGAGCUGGACAGACUUUUCAAGGCUUCAUCUUUCUAACAAACUGGCCAUUUUUGGAAUUGGUUAUAACACCCGUUGGAAAGAGGAUAUCCGUUACCAUUACGCUGAGAUCAGCUCCCAGGUGCCCCUUGGCAAGCGACUGCGGGAGUACUUCAACUCAGAAAAGCCUGAGGGACGGAUCAUUAUGACCCGAGUACAGAAAAUGAACUGGAAAAAUGUUUACUACAAAUUUCUAGAGAUCACUAUUAGUGAAGCCAGGUGCCUGGAGCUGCACAUGGAAAUUGACUGGAUACCCAUUGCCCACUCUAAACCAACUGGUGGGAACGUUGUUCAGUAUUUAUUGCCAGGAGGCAUUCCCAAAAGCCCAGGCCUUUAUGCCAUCGGCUAUGAAGAAUGUAUUGAGAGGCCCCUGUCACCCCACAUGGAGCAGCGUUCCCUGGACCCAGGAAAGGAGGGCCGGGUUGACCUGGAAACCCUGUCGUCACAAGCCUCAUUACAGGUGGAAAUGGAACCCACUCGAAUUAUCUAUUGCUACCUCGGGAUUGCUGAAGUCAGAACUCUGCAACAGUGCUUAUUUUUACACUUCCAAGCAAAUACCAAAACCUUCAGCAAAGAUUGGGUUGGUAUUAAUGGGUUUUUGUCUCAGAACUGUAUUGUGGAUCCCGGAGUUUCCCCCAAAUCCAUCUAUAUCAAAUUCGUUGAAGUAGAGAGGGAUUUUCUUUCUGCAGGCUCUUUAGUUGAAUGCCUGGAAAAAGCCAUUGGAUACCCCUUAAAAUUUAACAACUGAAUGUCAUCCUUCAUAAGGAUCUGGGCUCUUACCUCCCUCUUCUCUGCUCAUUUCCCAUUACCCAGACUGUCCCUCGUCCAAAUGCUGCCAUCAGACUCUUCACGGAAACUGGCUUCCCAUGAUUGGGCCAGUACAGCUAAGAAAUCAUAGUAAACUUUGGAAGAAAACACAGACCUCACCUGAAAAUGCUCAUUUUGAGCAAGCAAGACAUAACAGCGAACUUGCAUGGUGGGUCAGCCGUUUCUUUUUUAAAAAACAAACAAUUUUUAAAUGGAUUUUAGAGCCCUAAUAUGAGCAAAUGUAGGUACAUUCCAUAUUGGACAAAACUUAUACUUUGAGUUUCAUAUGAAAUUGAAAAGUUGUAUUUUUUUCACAAUGUUUCAUUUUUACACAUCUAUGUCUCUAUAUAAGUGUUAUUUACAACCCUGAAUAAAUAAGCAAUAGAUAAUGGCAAGGUAAAUCUUGAAUCACAUUAAAUAAGACUGUUUUUCAGUAUCACCCUUAGCUACUACUGUAUAUAAUUUAGAAUUACAUUUUUUUCACCAACCAAGUGUUUUGCUAUUUCCAAUCAGUGUUGCCUGCAAAGACUUUUGUUUCUGUGAUGUACCAACUUUAUGGUUGUGUUGCCAUUUAAACUUUUUAAAAAAAAAAAAAAAAAAAGAUUAAAGUAAUUCCUGGCCUCUUGA